CCUCCGCGCCGCCCCGCCUCCCUGGAUCCCGUCGGGACCGAGGGGCAGUUGAGAAUGAAAGACCAUGCCUUGAAUUCUCUCACCUCAACAUAUUGGAUUCCAUCAAAGAUUUGUUUAUUCCCAAAAUGAACAUUGUUUUGAUGCUGUAUACAAGGAACAGCCGUUCCUGUGCUGAGCCACUGUUUGAACAGGAUAACUCACUUAAUGUUAAUUUCAACACAAGCAAGAAAACAGUCUGGAUUAUUCAUGGAUACAGACCAACGGGCUCCACUCCUGCAUGGCUUCAGAAUUUUCUAAAGGUUUUGUUGACUUACGAAGAUCUGAAUGUAAUUGUAGUAGACUGGAACCGGGCUGCUACAACGUUUUUAUAUAGCAGAGCAGUUAAAAACACCAGAAAAGUUGCUGCGAGUUUGGGUAUAUAUAUUCAGACUCUUUUGAGCCAUGGAGCGUCUCUUGAUAAUUUUCAUUUCAUAGGUAUGAGCUUAGGGGCUCAUCUUAGUGGAUUUGUUGGAAAAAUAUUUCAAGGCCAACUUGGAAGAAUAACAGGUCUUGACCCAGCUGGGCCAAGGUUCUCUGGACAGCCAUAUAAUCAAAGAUUAGAUUACACCGAUGCAAAAUUUGUGGAUGUCAUCCAUUCUGAUACCGAUGGUUUAGGAAUUAAUGAACCCUUGGGACAUAUAGAUUUUUAUCCAAAUGGAGGAAAAAAACAACCUGGCUGUCCUACAUCCAUUUUUUCAGGCAUUGCAUAUAUUAAAUGCCAUCACCAGAGAGCUGUUUACUUGUUCAUGGCAUCUUUGGAAACAACCUGCCAUUUUAUUUCAUUUCCUUGUCCUUCAUACAAAGAUUUCCAAGCUGGUUCAUGUGUGGACUGUGAUGACUUCAAGGAAAAAUCAUGUCCUAGGCUAGGUAAUAAAGCUGAGCGAUGGAAAAAUGCUUUAAAAGAAAGAAAAGAAAAAAGAUUUCUCAGGACCACUGUGUUUUUGGAUACUACUGGCACAAGACCAUUCUGUAGCUAUUAUUUUGUUCUCAGUAUAACUGUUCUGGAUAACAGUAUGAAAAAUGGCUUUAUUACAUUUAAAUUAUUAAACCAGGUUGGAAUAGUUGAAGAAUCAAAGAUUUAUGAGAAGAACAGAUCAUUUUAUCAUCUUAAAGAAGUCAAGAUUCUUGCUCAAUUUUCAAAUGAUGUUAGAAGUAUUUCAGGCAUUGGUCUGGGAUAUUUUCAGAACUCAAAUCAGCAAUGUUCCCAAUGCAGUUACAACAUCCAUCGUGUUAUGGUACAAUCAAUUACCUAUCAAGAAAGACCACCACUCUGCAUAUACAAUUUUGUACUAAAAGGAAAUGAGGAAGUAUUUCUCAGUCCAAGCACAUGCACAUCGGAGGAUUUGGUUUGUGAUUAAAGAACUUGUAAAUGGGAACAAUGUAAUCAGCCUUUCUUUAUAAAGGCAUUGUUCAGUCUAGGAUUCACAUAUUUCUACUUCCUGAAUAAAUGUUUAAAAUUUUUAAAAUGUAGAAAAAUGUUAAAAUGC